CAAUACACUGACAGAAGUGACAGAACACUGCACAGUGACAGUGGGCAGUCACAGAACUGAUAGAAGUUCAUUCAUUUCUUUGUGUUUUUAAAACUGUAAAAAUAUAAAAAUUAUAAAAUUGAAGCUGAAAAGCUUGAAAUUGAAUUAUUAGAGGCUGAAAGCCAACUAAACUAAAUAAAAUCAUCAAAUCUUAAUUGGAAAGAAGACUUUUAUGUUUUAACCAAAUGAAAAUAUAACAAGUGGUGAAAUGACAGUAGUUGAAUUCUUUGGAUGUACAUUAUUGGCCUUUGGUCCACCUUUUGCCAUGUUUAUAUUUACCAUCGUCCAUGAUCCUGUGAGAAUCAUAAUACUUAUAGCUGCAGCUUUCUUCUGGUUGCUGUCCUUGCUACUAUCAUCACUACUCUGGUUUGCUGUUGUACCUCUUCGAAAGGACUUGGCAUUUGGAUUGGUUUUUGCAGUUCUCUUUCAAGAGGCAUUUAGAUUUCUCAUAUACAAGAUACUGAGAAAAGCUGAACAUGGACUGAAGAAAAUCACAGAUGAUAGUGCUACUCUAAUUGAAAAUAAACACAUACUAGCUUAUGUGAGUGGAUUAGGUUUUGGAAUAAUGAGUGGAGCUUUUUCACUAGUUAAUGUAAUAGCUGACUCCCUUGGACCUGGUACUAUGGGUCUCAAAUCUGGUACUGAAAUGUUUUUUCUCACUAGCUCAGCUAUUGGAUUGUGUUUCAUUCUACUCCAUACAUUUUGGAGUGUACUUUAUUUCAAUGCUUUUGACAACAAGAAUAAGUUUCAAAUUUCAUUUGUGGUUGUAUCACAUCUACUUGUUUCAUGUCUAACACUGUUGAAUAGAUACCAGUAUUAUUCUGCCUGUAUUGUACCAUUGUAUGUAAUUUUAGCAGUCACUGGUUGUUAUGCUUUCAAAGUGGCUGGAGGCUCAUAUGCUUCAUUCAAAGUAUGUAUUUCUUUUAAAUAGUAG